AUGAUUAAUUCAAAGACAUGGUUUUGUGCAGGAGGAAAUGCGGUAACAAUUACAUUAAAAAACAAUUGCCCCUUCACAAUAUGGCCGGCAACCUUGACCGGAGCUCCGUACCCUCAACUAUCGACAACCGGAUUUGAGUUGGCAACCGGAGCAACCAGUUCAGUUGAUGUCCCUGCCCCAUGGUCAGGUCGGUUUUUCGCUAGAACUGGAUGCGCCACUGAUGCCUCUGGAAAGUUUGUCUGUGCCACCGCAGAUUGUGCCUCCGGUCAAGUCGGGUGCAAUGGCGCCGGAGCAAUCCCGCCGGCAACGUUAAUAGAACUUUUUGCGGCACCAAAUGGUGGACAAGAUUUCUAUGAUGUCAGCAAUGUAGAUGGGUUCAACUUGCCCAUGUCCAUAGCCCCACAAGGUGGCACCGGCGACUGCAAAGCCUCAAGCUGCCCGGCGAACAUCAACACAGUGUGCCCUAAUGAGCUAAAAGUUGUAGGCUCUGAUGGAAGCGUUAUAGCAUGCAAGAGUGCUUGCACAGCUUUUAAUCAACCUCAAUAUUGUUGCAGUGGAGAUUUUAACACCCCAGAAAAAUGCCCACCAACACAAUACUCUCAGAUGUUCAAGACUCAAUGUCCUGAUGCUUAUAGUUAUGCAUAUGAUGAUAAGACAAGCACCUUUACUUGCUUUAGCAGACCUAACUAUGCGAUCACUUUUUGUCCUUAG